GUGUUCCUGACCCACGCGUGUCGUUGUUAUCACGGCCCGUGCUGACGUACGUGUCUCCACCGCUGUGUGGAUCCCUGCCAUAUUCACGCCGGGCAAGAUGGCGGCGAUACGGACGGGCUGUUAUUGCCAGUGAACACAAAAAGGCAUUUAUUUAAGCUAACAAAGCCGUUCAGAAACAUUUGUACCAUCGACCAUAUCGUGUGCACAUUUCCGUCGAAACCAACGUCGACGUCUCGUUUAUGUUUCGCGUAUUUCUGACAAAAUGUUAACGUUGUAACCUACUCGCUAACACGGGCAGUAAGUAGCCAACUAGCUAUCUAUCACAGCCAAGCCGCCGUGAAGUGGAGAAUGGGAGAAAAGCUGGAGCUGAAACUCAAAUCGCCGGUCGGAGCAGAACCAGCCGGUUACCCGUGGCCAUUACCAGUAUAUGAUAAACAUCAUGAUGCUGCUCAUGAAAUCAUCGAAACCAUACGGUGGGUGUGUGAGGAAAUACCAGACCUCAAACUGGCAAUGGAAAACUAUGUGCUCAUUGAUUAUGACACAAAAAGUUUUGAAAGUAUGCAAAGACUAUGUGACAAGUACAACAGGGCCAUUGACAGCAUUCACCAAUUGUGGAAAGGGACCACCCAGCCCAUGAAACUGAAUAAGCGUCCAUCCAACGGUCUGUUGCGCCACAUUCUGCAGCAGGUGUACAAUCACUCUGUGACUGACCCAGAGAAGCUCAACAACUAUGAGCCCUUUUCUCCAGAGGUGUACGGAGAGACCUCGUUCGACCUUGUGGCUCAGAUCAUCGAUGAAAUUGAAAUGAUGGAGGAGGACACCUUUGUAGAUCUUGGCAGUGGAGUUGGGCAAGUUGUGCUGCAAGUUGCUGCAGCAACCAAUUGUAAACACUACUAUGGUGUGGAGAAAGCAGACAUUCCAGCCACCUAUGCAGAGACCAUGGAUAAAGAGUUUAAAAAAUGGAUGAAGUGGUAUGGAAAGAAACAUGGGGAGUAUACACUGGAGAGAGGGGAUUUUCUGUCUGAGGAGUGGAAAGAUAGAAUUGCCAACACAAGUAUUAUUUUUGUGAAUAACUUUGCCUUUGGUCCAGAAGUAGACCACCAACUGAAGGAACGAUUUGCAAAUAUGAAGGAAGGUGGGAAAAUAGUUUCCUCCAAACCUUUUGCACCUUUGAAUUUUAGGAUAAACAGUCGGAACUUAAGUGAUAUUGGCACAAUAAUGCGUGUGGUGGAGCUUUCUCCUCUGAGAGGCUCAGUGUCCUGGACUGGAAAGCCUGUUUCCUACUACCUUCAUACCAUUGACCGCACCAUACUUGAAAAUUAUUUUGCUAGUCUCAAAAAUCCUAAACUCAGGGAGGAGCAAGAGGCAGCUAGACGACGCCAGCAGAAAGAUACAAAGGAAAGUAAAAGCAAUAGCACCACACCCACAAAGCCAAAAGAACCCACCAAGCCGGAUUCUGGUGACGAAGAGGAGCAUCCAAGCUUGGUGACAGUGGUGAAACCUAGUCCCAAACCCAGAAGAACACGAUUAUUGUCUAAAGGACGCAAACUGAACAACAAAAAACGUGGUCGCCCCAAGAAGGCCUCUGUUACUACCACUGAGAAGAAAAAUAAGAAAAAUCAAAGUGCAUUGGAUUUGCUGCAUGCCAAGACUCUGUCUGCAGCACCUGCUCAGGAUUCAUACCGGUCACCUCAAAGUCCUUUCUACCAGCUACCUCCCAUGGUUCAGCACUAUCCUUCUAGUCAACUGCUGCUCGGCCCAACUCCUCCAGCUUUGCAACAAAUGCUAGAUAACAUCAAAAUACAAUACCUACAGUUUAUGGCCUACAUGAAGACCCCUCAGUAUCGUUCCAACCUGCAGCAGCUUUUAGAACAGGAGAAGCAAAAACACAGGGACCUGUCAGGACAGGCAGAGCAGUUGCAAGCUGUCUGUCAGUCUCACAAGGAAAAAAUUAAAGGACUUUUUCAAAUGAAGCUUGAUGAGUUAGGUGUGAAAGCCCUGACGGCAGAGGACCUGUUACAAGCGCAAAAAGAGAUAUCAGCUCACAAUCGCCAACUGAAAGAGCAGACAAAGCAGCUUGAGAGGGACAUGGCCUUAUUGAGGGACCACAGCCUGUUGCUACUGAAGACUCGAUGUGAGGAGCUGAAGCUUGACUGGGGCUCUUUGUGUUUGGACAGUCUGUUGAAGGAAAAACAGGCCUUACGAAGACAGAUAUCUGAGAAGCAGAGGCAUUGCCUGGAGCUGCAGAUCAGCAUUGUUGAACUAGAAAAGAGCCAAAGGCAGCAAGAACUGCUGCAGCUCAAGUCCUACAGUCCCUGCGAUGGUUCCCCAUACAGAAAGAAUUUGGAAUCACGAUCCUCCAUAGACAUGGACACUACAAAGAUGGGUCUGUCCUCUGUCCCAUUGCAUAAUGGCAUUAGUCCUGAAUUAAAUGGCACCAGCUCUCCAUGUUUUGAACGCACCAACAUGAAAGGAGAGCUCCUUUCCCGAUACCUCCCCAUCUCCCCGGACCAUGAGCUUGGACCUGCUGCUUCUGAUGUCCGACAGAGACAGCACACCUCCUCUCACACUCUUCCAGACUACACCCGCUUCUCACCCGCCAAAAUAGCCUUACGUAGGCAUCUCAAUCAGGAUGCUACUGCCGCUGCCCAGCUAAGAGGUCCUGGGAUGAUGACACACAGGGGUGAAUUAGUUGGUAUUAAUCCUCCAGCUAAACAGAAUUGUCCCUCGCCUGGAGCAACUGAAACCCCAAGUACUACAGCUAAAAACUUUGAGAGGGUUGGUAAAGAGAAGAGUCCUCCUCAAAGUGAUAACAGUAUUACAAGCCUUCCAAUUAGUAUCCCUCUGAGUACAGUCCACCCAAGCAAACUGCCUGUCAGUAUCCCCCUGGCCAGUGUGGUGCUGCCAAACCGAGCUGAGAGACUGAGAAGUACUCCUAGUCCUGUCCAUACAAGUCAGACCAAUGGAUACUCUUCCAGCUCAGGGUUAAUGAAUGGAGUUCUUCACUCUGAGGACCAUAAUGGUGCUUCGCUGUCUCCUCCCUCCCACUCCAACCCACCUCUGACAGGACCAAUGAGCCGCGGGUCCAUCCAGAGUCCCUCUCUCAGUACUGGAGGAGUGCUCCAGUAUGCAGAUGGUCCCCCAAGGAUUGUGCCAGAGGAGGGUCCCGACCACAGGGGAGGCGAGUCGGACAACGAGCCCCUGGAAAGUGAGAUGCGGAGGAGAAUCUUCUUCUCCUCUUCCUCCUCAUGUUCUUCAUCUUCCGGUAGUGGAAGCAGUGCAGCUUCAGGGUCACGCGUUCACCACCACACUGGCAGCUCAGCCAAGCAGGGAUACCAUGGCAACCAUCACCACCAGUCCCCCGGCACACAGCACACCCACACUCCCACACAUACUGCGUCACACUCCUCCCACAGCCUGGGUGCUCAGGAGGGUCGCAAACGAGGCAGAAGGAAACGGGGCUCCACAGGAGGAGCUGUCACAGCCAGCACCUCCCCAAAAAGGAGAUCAUUCCCUGGGCUCAACGCCAGCCAUCACUCCUCAGGAUCACCACUCAACAUCAAUUCAAUGGUUAGUAACAUUAACCAGCCUCUGGAGAUCUCUGCCAUAUCCUCUCCGGAGCAGUCAAGCCGCAGUCCCAGUGGGCUUGACCUGGACCAGCCUCCUAUUCUCAAGAGAGAGCGUCCUUUAGAAUUUAAUGGAACAGGGCGGUAUUCAUCAGCCCCCAGCUCAGAUGAUGAGGACUCUGGCUAUCCUGCAGACAGCUCUAGUUCAAGAAUCGAAAGAAAAAUUGCCACAAUAUCGCUGGAAAGCAGAGACAUUCCCGGUAGAUUUGUGGACACUGAUAGAAGCAGGAAAUCUGGGAGUAGCAGUGGAAACAGCACGGGCAGUGAAUCAUCAUCUACAUCCUCCUUGUCCUCUACAAGCAAGUGGAAGUCUACAUUCUCCCCUAUUUCUGACCCCAAGCAGCCCGGCUCUGAGCUAAGACCAGGCGGCUCUCCUUUUGGUGUGGGGGGGCCCAGUCGCAGCACAGACUCUGAUCCAGACCACAAGCCCCAUGCUCAGGGGCGCAAAGGCAGUGAUGGGGAAUCCACUUAUGUGAUGUCCAAUCCCUUCCUCAGUCAGGAGGGGGCUGUGCGAGGGGGAGCUAGUGGAGGCAGCGGUCCACAGGGACCCAGUGGGUCUGAGGCACGGCAGGUUCUGCAGAAGCAGAAGGUCCCACGAGACUGGGAGUCCAAGACCAGCAGCAGCCAGAACCUGUUCAUCUCUGCCGCUGCCAGCAGUGGAGCUGGCAUUCUGAGCUCAGUCUCCUCCACCUCUGGGACCGCCGUGGGGCAGUACCUGGGUUCUCAGUUUCCACUUGGAGGGACCUCGGUCCUACAAUCACUAUUUGGGGCCCAGACAGGGUCUUCUGUGAACGGGUCGACCCGGCUUGUUAAUGGACAUUCAGCCCUUGGAAGCUUCUCUAGUGCUGGUUUGGCCGGAGGAGCAGCUGGAGGUAAUUAAUGAAAACUACCUCAUCAUUAAAUGAACUAUGCAAAUGUCCAGGUGUGGACCAAGGCACUCUACUCUGUCUUUGGUGCUCCUAAGCGUCUGCACUACCAUCCGCCUGCCGGACCGCUUCCUGUCCUGGGAUAUCUCAUACACACACACACACACACAAUUUACUCACACAUCUACUUUGACUGUCAGUCUAGUCCCACUUGAACAGAGCUCAGGCUCUUGGUCACCUUUGGACCUGUGUUAAGUGGUUGUUUUAACAGCAUCAUCACUACCUCAAUUUCUAGUUUUGAGGUGCUUUUGAUUUGAAAGAAACUCUAAAUUAUUUUAACAUAAUAAUGUUGGCUCAACCAUUAAAAUGUAAUGAUUUAUCUUAGAGAGAUUAGAGGAAAGAUUACAUUUAGCGCCAUUUCAAAUGUACACCUCAUCUAGACAUUGAGGCCAGUCCCUUCAACACUUUUAAGUCCCCUUAAUUUAUCUCAUAGCCACUUUUCCUCACACUUCACUUCUUGUUCCUUGAACUGUUUAUGAUUUGUCAUAAAACCAAAUAAGGGAUCUAAACUAUUGACCCGACAUCACACUGGAAAUGACCUGCAGAGGCUUGUGUAGCAUAAUAGAAUAAGCCAGAUACUGGCUGCAUUAUUUAGCCCUAUUUAGCUUUCAUUCGGCUACCAUGUUACACAGUGUUUGAUUCAAUUGUAACAUCUUUUUACAUUUUUAAUCCAAUGGCAUUUAACAAAAAUCAUUGCAUUUUAUGACACACCUUAAGGCUUCACCAAUAUUAGACACUGAUGAUGAAAUUAUGAUUUAAUUGCUCAUUUCUUCCUUUUAUAAUAACACUACUUUGUUUGACAGCAGCAGAAUUAUCACUGUUAAUAAGCUCAAGAUAAUAGUUUUCCUUUCUGCCUUUUGAAAUGCAGGUUUAUUUAAUUGUCAAGUGCAUUGACUCUUUUAUGUGAACAUUUAUCUACAUUUCAAACAUGAGAAUCUCACACUGGGAGUAACAUUACCAUGACCACAACGAAACUACUGGACUCAUUGCUUUCUCCUUUUUUUUUUUUUACUUGUACAAAUGGGUAAAAUGAUGUUUGUACUGUGAAUGUGGUUGAUUGACUGUAUAGUUGUGUAUAAUUUAGAUUAUUAUAUUUAUGUCAGCUGUCAGUUUCACAUGUUUUUCUUUUUAAUUCCAAACUGUGUUGAUAUUGUAGUAUGCAAUAGUGUGUGUACUUGGCUUACAGUUUGAAACCAUUGGUGCUAGUUUGAACUGUGCCUGAUCUUAUUUAUUAUUUAGUAAAACACCACAAACAAAUGGAAGAGUUGGUGCUGUACAGUGGAAACCUUGUAAAGCCACUUUGGCCUUUCUCAUGUUAAUACGCUGUAUGAUGAUUAUAUGCUUUGUGUACACCGGACUGUAGAGCCCUUCUGCAUACAGCUAAAGUGUGGAAGCAGCUUUCAGAUAUCCUUCCUGAGCAGUUUUAGUGAACAAGACACACUCACUUUUGUUUAUUAGGUCUCCAGUCAAGAAAAGAGUGCUAUAUGAAAUGUAUCUAUAUAUAAAUAUAUAGUCUAUAUUGACAUACAAAAUAUAUAAGUAAUAGGAUGUAUUGGUGCUUAACCUGUUAAAACGGGGGGCUUGGAGCCAAGGAGAGCAAAGCAUUGCUACCUUAAUAAAUGUGGUGGUGGUGGUGGUGGUAACAUGGCAGCAAAACCGCGCCUAUAUCAUGUAUAUAGAGUACAGAGUAGUCUGUCCAUGUUUGACACUGAGGUGCUAUUGUGCAGAAGUCCAGCACACUGUUAUCACACUUAUUAUACAAAAACUUGUUUCUCGUUUGUACUAUCCCAACUUUUAAGAAACCUGGUGCUUAUGCUCUUAACAGCUGAACUUUGAGCAAUGUCGUCUUACUGGUGCAUACUGAACUACUUGUCAAGCUUCUCACUUAGUGUUUUAUUUUGUCUGUUUGGAUGUCUUAAAGACAAGGCUACAUCUUUACAAGGAAGCAAAAUGCUCAUUUGUCAGUUAGACAGUGAUGUAAAGCACUUGGAAAUAUCUUUUGCGUGAUUUUUGAGUAACAGAAGCCAAGUUUUUUUGUCCAUCACAAUAUUGUACGUGUGACUUUUUCACUUGAAGUGUGUGCAUGAGCAAAGACUAGACUCAUUAUCAAAGCUUUAUAGAAAAAGUCCAGCAAUGAGUCAUUAAACUCAUAUGAGGAAACUAUUAAAGACAAUAGACCAUGUGUUACCAGCACUGACAGGACUUUAAUAAUGUUUGUUAAUAUUAUUUAAUUUUUUUUAUCCUUGGUGUUUGCAUAUAUGGUUUCAAUUGUUUCCAGUCAUUACCUAUUCUGACAGACCAUGUGGUGCUCUCCUUCACUUAAAACAAGGAAUUUGCAGCUAUUAAAUCCUGCUUCUCUUCCGCUGUUUGUCUGCAGGGCAAAGGUUUUAAUCCCUCGCCUAAAGCAGCUUUUGAUGGUCCUUGUUGACAUUUGUGUCAGUGAGAAUGACUUUUGGAAAUCUAAUCUUUUGAAUUUAAUAUGGAUUUUAAUAUGAUUGUAACCAAGGCUGUUUACAAAAUCCUGCCAGAUGUUUUAACUCAGGAACUGCUUAGGUUGCUUGGAAUUAUAUGAAUUCCCCUUCUUCCAUGCACAGUCUUCAGUACCAUUAAAAAAUGUUUAUAACCCUGCUCAGGGCUAGUUCAAUUCAUAUGAUAGGCAUUUUACAGCCAUUUGAUUCUAUGCCAUUUGCCUUUUCCUCAAUAAUUCUCACUGUCACAAACCAACUUUAGCAAUCCCACGUCUAUCGAGCUUUAUAGGUUCUUGUGAGGAUUGAGGUAACUGCUGCAGUGUAUCCGGCAUCUUCCUCAUGUCACAGGAUUAAGUCAGUUUGGUGAACUUGUACUUUGGACUAUACACACUGGGGUACAUCUGAGACCAUAGUGUAGUAUCUGAGUGGUAAAGCAGGGCUGGUUUGAGGUGCAAUAAUAACAGCAAACCUACUUUCUUAAAUGCCCUGAAAACCUGUUACUGUUCGGUGUUGGUGCUUUUAUCCUAAGAUGUUAUAAUGACAAAAUGGAAUUAUUUGUUUGUUUUUCUGCCUUUACAAUAAUAAAUAAAAUGUUUCUUACAAAGA